CCGUAACCGUGACCAGCGCACGCUAUCUCAUCCCCUUCGCAUAGGCCUCUCGCUCUCGAGCACAAAGAAAACUAGUUAUAAAGCUUUCAUGGUGCGAGUGUUUCUACUGUUGAGCCUCGAACAGAUCAUCAACCCCUUUGCCAUUGUCCAAAUCGAACAAGACCCACGUUGAAUACUCCAAAAUUCCACACUUUGUCUCUUUUUUUUCCUCGCCCACCAAACGGAAACGGAGCCAAUAGAAGAAAAUUUUCCAACCCCAACAAUUACUAUCAAUGUGUACGUGUGGACGAGUUUCUUCGUGAUUGCCGUGGUUUCUCGUCCACAACGACGGAAAAGCUCAUGAUUUGUAGCGUAUUGAUGACAUGCACCAUGUGGGUACGUCAGUAAGGAGGCGCUUGUGUUUGUUUUGUGUGGGCGUGUCAGUGUAAGAUCGAGGAGGAAGAAGAAGGUAACGAUGAUGGCAAGCCAGAUUGUGAAAGUAAAGAGGGAUAAACUCGCCGCAUGCAUGGCAUGUCCUUUAUGCAAUAAGCUCUUCAGAGAUGCUACCACAAUAUCUGAGUGCCUCCACACCUUUUGCCGGAAGUGCAUAUAUGAAAAGAUAACAGAUGAGGAAUUGAAUCACUGUCCAGUGUGCAAUAUAGAUUUAGGUUGUGCUCCACUGGAGAAACUAAGGGCAGAUCACAAUGUGCAAGAUUUAAAAGCUAAACUCUUCCCUACUGGAAGAAAAAAGAUUAAGUCACCUGAAGCUGUGCCCUCAGUUCCAUUGCCAGGAAAAAGGAAGGAGAGAUCUCUCUCUUCAUUGGGGUUCAGCGCAACAAGACUAAGUGCCCCUCCUGGUCUGAUUGGAAAAAGAAUAAAAUCUGCUGCAAGAAAGUUUCUUGUUCUACAAGAAUCUACUCUUUUUGUUGAUGACCCUUUUAACAGAGAGGAAGAUGAUAAGGAAGUGGAAGAUUGCGUGAAUUCUUCUAAUGCUGAGUCAUCUAAGCAACACAUGAGUAAUAAACCGACGGUGGACAACGCUGAACCAUGUGAAGGGAAAAAUGAUUUGUGGAAACCCUUAAAUCGCUUGGUGGAAACUGCAAGCAAAACUAAUAAGUCUGUUAAGUUCAAAAUGCAUGGGACAACAAUGCUGCCGGAUGCCAAUGAAGCACGUGUGCCUAAAUUUAAAAUAAAGGGGCGUGGUAAUAAAUCAAAAGGCCAUGGUCAUGAAAAUUCCUCAGCUCCUGCAUCAAGUUCAGUGAAGCCUAAAAAGUUGCAAGCUGUCCGGCAAAGAAGAGCAGCUGUCUCUGAUAUUCCAGGACAAGCAGCGCUUGAUGCAAAUAGUAAACGUGACAGAAUAUUUAGCCCACUUUGGUUCUCAUUAGUUGCCUCUGAUAAACAGGUAGGAGAUGCACCCUUGCCGCAGAUAUCUUCAUGCUAUUUGAGGGUUAAGGAUGGUAGCUUACCUGUUUCACUUAUCAAAGAGUAUCUUGUGAAAAAACUGGAUCUUGCUAGCGAGGCUGAGGUGGAGAUCUUGUUGCAGGGUCAGCCAUUGAUUUCUACACAGCAACUUCACGACUUGGUAGACAUGUGGUUGCAGACAAAACCAACAUCAGAAAGAAUACAGACAUCUGUCGGUAGCUCAGCCAAGGAUUUUGUGAUGGUUCUAUCAUAUGGUCGAAGCGCUUAGCGCCCAUGAACAGGUUUCAAUGAUGCUUAAAGUCACCUCUAUCUCCACAGUAAAUCUCAGUGAAGGCAAUCAAGGCAGCAUUCCAAACUCAAGCUAACACAUUAAUGAAAAAGAAUAAACCUGACAUUUUUUUUUUUUUGCUUUUCCUCCGAAUGAUCAUGAUUUUAUUUCGGUUGUUCAUUGUCAUGUUGACUGUGAUUUUGUUACGGUUGAUAAAGAUUUUAAGUAUGAAACAGAGCAUGAGACUGAUCUUGCAUAUGAGGAGGAAGAGGAACAUUAUGUGGAAAAUGGUGAUCCGAUUCUAAAUUCUGAAGUAAAAGCUAUUGAGAAUGGGGCUAUUCCUGAAGUUUUUGAUGUAAAAUCUGAUUGGAGAGGUCUAUUCAAUUCUGAGAAAUCUAUGGGAAAAUCUAUUGGAAAAUUGCCUAUGGAAUUCUGGACUCAAAAGGGUCUCUUAGUUGAGUAGCCUCUUUAUGCUAAUGCUAUUACAAGUAGUGAUAAAUAUGAACUCAGAUUACUAGUGGAGAUUGUUGUUCUAUUUAAGAUGUUUCAGCUAAUACUACCAAAUACAU